AUGACCAGUCUUCUCGCUGCUGCUCAAGGCAGUAGCGAUUGCACCGGAAUCACAGCGACUGCAGCUGCAAAUGUGGAGACGAGCUUUCGAGAUGCCGCCCACAUUCACAGCGAUGGCGCCGUGCUAACCUUCUCGGAUAUCCCAAGCGAACUUUUUCGCCUGCACUCCUUCGACGACAACGACAACGACAACGACAACGACAACGACAACGGUGUCGGCCAACAGCGCCCGCCCAGUCGCGGCAGUCGCGACGCUAGGAAUAAUAACAACAGAAACCACCAGAAACCCCAAGCACAACUGCUGCCUCCACUGGCAACCCAGGUGCCGCAACAGCAAUCGCAGCUCUCCGCCAAUGAUACCUCGGCGGUCAGCACCCCAACAUCAACGGCCACCCACCAUCCGCGAAAACCGUCGCCAGGCCUCGCAGCGCGAUUAAAAGCUUUGGGAUUUGGCACAACUCGCAAAUCCGCGUCGCCGCCUCCAUCGCACCACCUCGAGCCCGUCGGCCGCCUCCCAGAAGAGCAGCUCAGGAAACUCGACCAGAGCUACCAACAGGCAGGCCCGCCAAAACCAAUCGUCGAACGGCGGGGCCGUCCCUGGAAGGGCCUUGCGCGCAUCCCGUCCAGGGCGAGCUUGAAACGAGACUCGUCGCUCGGUGAGACCACGACUGACGAGAGCCCUCAUGAGGCUACAGAUGCCCAGGUGAAGGCCCAGCUUCUUCCCGAAAUCUCGACCUCGAAACCCUUAGAGAUGGACACAAACAAAUAUCGCCUCCCCGACCACACAAACGGGAACGGUGUGAAGGUCCAGCUGGAAACGCGGCAAGAGCACAUCGCGAGAGAUUCGCAGCCUCCCCAGACCCCCGACACACCACCGCCGCCCCUGCCCAAGGACUCGCCGCCCCUAUCCCAAGGCUAUUCGGCAAAUUCGAGCGACGUGUUCAACCCCGACAGCGUUAGCUACUUCAAUCCCCUGGGCCUCCAGCGGCCGGGUUCUAUCUACACCCUGUCGCGCGCCUCGUUCGCAAACCAGCUGGCUCAGCUGACAUCAAUACAACUUCCCGACGCCGAGUUGCUAUCCACCAAAAUCUCUGCAAUCCCGACGGCUCAGGCUGCCGCUAGAGCCCUUAUCGGAGCCGCCGACCAGAUACGCGGCUGGAUAUACAAGGCCUCGGAGGUAAUAGGGGGUCUGGAAAGCGACGACGAUGUCGAGUGGGCGGCCGCAGGCGGGCGCGAGGGCGUCGAGGAGGUCGAGAACGCUAUCGUCCGUUUCGAAGAGCUUAUCAACGUCUAUGUCGGCGCCAUCGAGGACCUGCAAAGUCGCCAUGACAUCGGCGAGGUCUCGUCUGACGACCUCCGCAGAGCCGUAGCACAGAUGGAAGCCAUCAUGGACGAGUGGGCCAAGAUUCGCACGACCCUGCAUCACGUCAAGGCCCAGGUGGAAAUUGCUAUGGAAUGGGAGGAGCUAUGGAACAUGGUGCUGGGAGACAUACAAAACGAGAUGGAUGACCUUAGCCGGCUCGUCUUCGAAAUGGAGGAACGGCGUCACAGAUCCAUCCUGGCCGUCGCUACUAAUGAUGGCGUGGAUAUCGGAGAUCUCGAGACGAUUGUUGAGGAGACUCCGCCGGCUGCUGCGUCGCGAUUGCAGCCCGUCAAUAACCGGUUCAGCCUCCCCGCCUUUCCGGCCAGCCCAAGCUCUCCCUCGCCUGGUGCUACGGGCAUCUCGCAAGAUGACUCGAGCUUGUUAGCCCUGUUUGCGAGGAUGCAGCCUCUCAGGGCGUCGCUCGACUUUCUACCCAUGCGGUUGUCGGUGUUCGAGGCAAGGGCAGAAGGCAUAUUUCCCACGGCCUGUGAGGAACUGGAGAUGAGGAGAUCGAAUCUGGACAACACAUACAAGAAGCUGGAAAAGGACGCGGAAUCUCUGCGCAAGGAGCUCGGCGAAGACCGUUGGGUCCUUGUGUUCCGUGGCGCCGGUCGGCAGGCCCAGAAGAUGUACGAGUCGGUCGAGAGGGGCGUCUCGAGGCUGCGCGAGGCCGUUGAUUCAGGAAUGCAUUUGACAAACCAACCCAUGAUGAGCAAGAAGAUUGAGAACUACGAGGCCAAGAAGACACACUAUGGCCCGUCUAUAGAUCGGGUGCUAUCUAUCAUCGAUAAGGGAGUCAAGGACCGCUUGACCGUCAAUGGAGAGAUUCUGCGCUUGCACAACGAGAUGCAGGCGAAGUGGGAAGACCUGAAGGAGCGCAUGGCGGAGCUCGAUCUCGCCCUAGAAGAGCUUCACGCCGACAAGAAGAGCCAGCAGCUCCGGGAUUCUGUCUCCAGCAUGCUCUCGAACGACAGGUCAACGAUCGCGAGUGGAAACGAAACACCACAGAGCUCGCCCCCGUCUUCUGUCAUAAUGUCGAGCCUGGGGCUUGGCAGCGCCGCAAACAUCAAGGCCACGAAGCCGCGAUCCACAAGCAUUGGGAGCCACCUCCCCCAGCCUUCCAGGAGGCUGUCUUCACUUCCCACCGCAUCUAACCAGAAACCCCAAAAACCCCCUACCCCGCGGGUAUCGGCGCUCUCAACGCCCACGAGAGAAGGCUCUGCCACUCCUACUGGAAACCGGAUACCCCGGCCACCCUCGACGCUGGACCUCAGGCCUAAGUGGAACGGUUCGACUAAUACAUCAAGCGUUGACACGGGUCACAACUUUAAGCCUCUAACACUGACCACUCCAAGCCCAUAUGCUAAGCGCACACCAACUCCGGUUCGCUCCGCAUCCGCACUAACACCUUCGUCCGUCUCUAAGCUACCCAUGCUACGAAGCCCUCUAGCACGGGCGGCAUCUUCGUCACCUAUUCCCGAGAAUACCCCGUCCAGGCUUGCCCCUCCAUCCGGCCAGCGCUCAUUCCGUGAAAGACUCGCGUCUCCUGGUCCGUAUUUUCAGCAGGCCAUUCCAAAACCUCGUCUCACCACACAGGCCUCGCUGUCGGGCCUCAGCAACAGGCGCGCCUCUUUGCAGCCACCAAAACCCCUUGAGUCGUCCCCAGAUGUAACGCCUCGUCCCGCCAGCUCACUAGCCGCAAGUAGACGAACUAGUUUGCUUCCCCAGCCGAAAGGCAAGGUCCAAAUUACCGGGAGAGAGAGCCCUCAGGCGAUUGCUGGUGCUCGAUUUGCGAUGCGCAAAAACAGUAUUUCUUCGUCAGACAGCAAGAACAAGGACGCCAGGCCAAAGUGGCGAGGUUAA